AUGCUGCCGGGCAUCUCCGAGAGGCAGCAGGCGGCCCCAUGGGAGGCGGAGGAGGUGGCCGCGGCCGCAGCGGAGGCGACUGAGGAGCAGGUCCUCGUGGACACGGGCGCGGCCGGGGAGCCGGAGCGCAAGACCGGGGGGGAGCAGCUCAGGGACCCGGCCCCGGCCCGGCCCCGCGCGGCCGAGGAGGGGGACGUCCGCGACCCGCCGCGGCCGUCGCCCUCGCUGCCCGUGUCCGAACCUGCUCCAGCGCAGGACCUGUGCCCUCAUGGCAAACCCAGGAGCAAGGGCCGAAGCUGCAAGCGGGGCUCAGGCCGCCGUCCCGACGAGUCCCGACCUCGGCGGCCGGUCACCGUGGACAGCUCCAAGGCCAGGACCUCCCUGGACGCUCUGAAGAUCAGCAUCCGCCAGCUCAAGUGGAAGGAGUUCCCAUUUGGCCGACGCUUACCUUGUGAUAUUUACUGGCACGGAGUUUCAUUUCAUGACAGUGACAUAUUCUCUGGUCAAGUGAACAAGUUCCCAGGCAUGACGGAGAUGGUGCGUAAAAUCACCCUGAGCAGAGCAGUGAGAAUCAUGCAGAAUCUCUUUCCUGACGAAUACAACUUCUACCCUCGCUCAUGGAUUCUGCCUGACGAGUUCCAGCUCUUUGUUGCUCAGGUUCGCAUGGUGAAAGAUAGUGAUCCCUCGUGGAAGCCCACUUUUAUCGUAAAACCUGAUGGUGGUUGUCAGGGUGAUGGAAUCUACCUCAUUAAAGACCCCAGUGACAUCCGCCUGGCAGGGACCCUUCAGAGCAGGCCAGCUGUGGUCCAGGAGUACAUCUGCAAACCUCUCCUUAUUGAUAAGCUGAAGUUUGAUAUUCGUUUGUAUGUCUUACUAAAGUCUUUAGACCCCUUAGAGAUUUAUAUAGCCAAAGAUGGACUCUCUAGAUUUUGUACUGAGCCAUAUCAAGAGCCCAACCCCAAAAAUCUGCACCACGUCUUUAUGCACUUAACCAAUUAUUCCCUGAAUAUCCACAGUGGUAACUUCGUCCAUUCGGACAGUGCUAACACAGGCAGCAAAAGGACUUUUUCUAGCAUUCUUUGUAGGUUGUCUUCUAAAGGUGUUGACAUCAAGAAGGUCUGGUCUGAUAUCAUCUCCUUGGUGAUUAAGACUGUCAUUGCCCUGACUCCAGAGCUCAAAGUUUUCUACCAGUCGGACAUCCCAGCAGGGAAGCCGGGGCCUACAUGCUUCCAGAUUCUAGGCUUUGACAUACUUCUAAUGAAAAACCUGAAGCCUAUACUGCUUGAAGUAAAUGCAAAUCCCAGCAUGAGAAUUGAGCAUGAACAAGAACUUUCUCCGGGGGUGUUUGAAAAUGUCCCCAGCCUUGUUGAUGAAGAAGUGAAAGUGGCUGUGAUCAGAGACACACUGCGCCUCAUGGACCCGCUUAAGAAGAAAAGAGAGACCCAGUCUCAGCAGUUUGAAAAACCACUAGCUGGAAAGGAAGAUACUUCAGAGAGUGACAUGGCCACUGCCCCAGAUGGCAGUACAAAUUCUGAAGCCCACCUGCCUUCCAUUUGCCUCAAGCAAGUGUUCCCCAAAUAUGCAAAGCAUUUCAACUACCUGCGCCUGGUGGACAGGAUGGCAAAUUUGUUUAUCCGGUUCCUGGGAAUCAAGGGGACAAUGAAAUUGGGGCCAACAGGCUUUCGUACCUUUAUAAGAGCAAAGGAGACUCAAGGGAGGAGGACUAAUGGACCACAUAAGCCCACAGCCAACAGGACCCUGAGACAAGAGGAACUAGAACAGCUACCACUACCAACCAGUGUGACUGGAAUUACAACAGAGGGUCCUAGACAAAGCGGGAGAAAAAUAUAGAACAAAAAAUCAAAUUCACAAAAAAGAUCAGACUUGCUGAUCUGACAGAGACUGAAGAACCCCCACGACUAUGACCCUAAGACACCCUUCUGACCUGGAGCUAAAACCAUUCCCAGAGACCACCUCCCAGCCAAAGAAUGGACAAACCUAUAAGACAAAGAGUAACACCCGAGAAGAAUGUACUCCUUAGAACAAUUUACUAUACAAGAUCAAAAGGGCACUAUCUGCCCAAAAGCAAAGAUGAGAAGCCAGGAAGGGGUAGAAAAUCAGGACUAAAGGAAAUGGGGAACUCAGGGUGGAAAUGGGAAGAGUGCUAAUACAUUGUGGGGAAUGAAACAAAGGUCUUCAAAUACUUUAUGUAUAAACUAUCAAAUGGGAAACUGAUUUGCUCUGUAAACUUUCACCUAAUGCAGCAAAAAAAAAAAAACCUCCCCUUUCUGUGAUGGAUCUCUUUCCAGCAAUACUGUGACAUGCUAUGCUUGAGAUAUCAAUGUCGUUUAAAAACAUACCUUUUAAACUGGAGUUGUUUUUCUCUCCCCUACAUGUUUACGUAUGGUUUUUUGGUUUUUGUUUCUUUUAACAAAUAAUGCUCAUUUGUUAGCUUUCAACUUAUAGACGCCUCUCCAGGAAAAAAUAAGCUUCUUUUCUCCACAGAGAGGAAUGAACACAAAAGAAAUUCUAUAAAUAGGAUUUUAUGGAGUGGGCUAAGUUGCUUUCUAAAUUUCCCAUGAGAUGUCAGUAGUUCUUAAGAGGAAAUGGGGGUGGUAAUUUUAAAUCUUUCUACACUUGGGCUCCUAAUGAACUUGAAUGAUUUUAUUCUCUCCUAUCGUGGGCCCAUAUUCCCUUGGAGAGCAUUUCUUCUAGGUUACUUUACAUGGAGAAAGGGUGGGAGCUGUCGUUUGCCACUUCUCCCUAUGUGCCAGGCACUGAGCUAGUCCUUAAAUAGCCUUGUGUGGUAAGUGGCUUUAUUCUUAUUGUACAAAUAAGGAAAUGUAGAUGCAGAGAGGUGCAGUGGCUUGCUCAAGGUCACAAAGCAAAGUCAAGAUUAAUUCUCACGUGCAUUUGACUCCAAAACUUUUUUUUUUUUUCAUGUACAUUUCUAGACUAUUCAUUCUUGGGAACAUUCCCGGCUUCUCAUGUUACCGUAUUUCUUGGACUUUUGGUUCAGCGAAGAAUUUGUCUUUGAUUCUUUAGUCAUUUGAAGAACUGCAUCCCAGAGUAUAAGGGGAAACUACUGUCAAUAUUUAUGAGCUACAAGGAUUCCCAUUUUUAUCCCAGAUGCUGAGACCGCUUAACACCUAUUGAGAGUGGUACUCAAGACCAGUUCAGCUUGGCAUCCCUCACUGGGCCCAGAAUACUGCCUAUGCAUGGUGGGCACAAGAUAAAUUCUGUAAGGAGUGGAUGGAUGGAUGGACGGAUGGACGGACAGACGGAUGGGAUGGAUGGGAUGGAUGGAUGGAUGAUUCAUUCCAAAAUCAUUCCCCGUUUGAGUUGACUGAGAAUGUAUGGUGGCCACAAGGAUAAAUCUGGGAGAACCUGUCUCCAUGCAACCCUGGUCCCCUACCCCAUCCCCAGCCUAGUAUUCAAAGCUUCCUAACAGGUGCUCUAGAGGUUCCAGCCUUACUGGUCCCUGGUCUGAGCCUUUGUGCCUUGAAUCCUGGAUUCUUCCUGCAGCCCUAGGCUGAGCUGCCUCCCACUUCUCCCCAAAGCUCCUAAACCCACUACUCAGAGGAGAACUGGAUGGGAAUCCCAGGUGUGUGGUCUUGGCAAGUCAUGUCCCUUCUCUUGAGCCUCGACUUACCCUUCAUUAAAAUGGGGCUAAGAAUACUCCCUCUUAGAGUAGUUAUAAAGAUUCAAAGAGCUAGUGGGCAGGAAAGGGCCUGGCAUACAGAUGGUGCCCAAGAAAUGCUUACAGAAUUGAAAUUCUUUUGAAGCAUUUCCUGUCUACUGCAGUCAGCAUGGAUGCUUCCUUCCCCUGCCCCGGUAGCAGAUGUUGCAAUCAACUGUAUUUGCAGGCAUCGUUAGGGAGGAUGAGUUAUCUCGGAAAAGGGAUAAAUGGAGAAUUCUCUUUGGUAAAUUAUGGCUCCUGUAAAGGUUUGACAUUUCUAUUUUCUACCUGUCAGGAAAAAAAAAACUAUAUACCAGUGGUCAGUUAGAUUCCCUUUUUAUACUCCAUUAACCCCCCAGAGCAAGCCAGACAGAGUUCCUGUUCAGUGUAGGAGCAGGCAGCCCAGAGGACACUUAUACAAUAAUUAGAGAAAAUCUGUAGCCAUUCCUAAUGAAGCUUUGAAAAUUAGCAGUGCAGUUCAUCAGAAUACAUUGGAAGAGACUGGCACGUCAUCCCCAGUAGAACCCAAUAGAGAUAGCCAUCUUGGUGACAGGUGAUGUGAAAAGCUCCACGUCCGCUGACAUGUUGUUACUUGGGCUCAAUAACUGUGUGCUGAUGUGCUUUGAAGUCUGCCACGGUGACUUGUGAUUGAAAUACGGUGCAGGAGUCCAGGAAGAAGCAGGAUGUGAAUUGAUGGCCUAGGAAAUGUGGGAGGGAAGAUGGAAGGCAGGAGGGAAUGAGAGAGCAAGCCAGGGCACUAACAGAUGAGGAGCCCCAGCCUCAUCCUGGCCCCAGGUGAAGCACAUGCAUCACUCCCAGUGUUAGGGGUAUGUAUGGGUUUGGAGAGGAGCCUCUGGAAUGCCCAGAUCCUGCUGGCCAAUCGACUCCUUGCAUGUGAGUUUCCUAAGGGAGUUAUUCACACAAGGGAUGAUGUCAAAUGAGAAAUCAAAGUACCACUUUAUCAUUAGCUGGGGCAACGGAUGUGGACACACUGAAAAAGUUGAAAGCAGCCAUUGGGUGUAGUUCAGCCAAACCGAAAGCUGGCCCAGAAGUCUAGCUUUCAGGAUUCCAGGACAAAUCCAGCCACUUUGGGACUCACCUCUCAGCAUGAUCCUGUUCAGGAGAGUGUUGCUCUGGACACCUGGACAAACCAAGAGCUGCCUCCUGGCUAGCAAAAAGCCCAAGCCCUUGUACCCAGACAUUCUGACUAGUGAUCUUCUUUCCCCAGAAUGGACAGGGUCACUCACCAAAAUGUCGGCCUCAGGUAGCCUCUCGGCCCACGAUGGUUCCUUCUCUGGAAGAAGGAAAGGAAAAGGGAGCUAACAAUCACGUGCGUACUACAUGCCAGCUCCAUGCUGUGUCUUUGGCAUGCGCUCCGUCAUCUAAUGUUUACAACCACUGUGUGGGUGAGUAUUAGUAUCUUCAUUUUAGAAACCAGGAAGAACAGGCACAGGUUUAAUUGUCCACAGUCACACAUCUAGAAAGGAGCAGAGCCAGUAUUUAAAAACUGGUCUUUCUGUGUCCAAACUCAUGCUCUUUUCGGUAUACCAGACUGCCUCCCUACAUUUCUAGACCAAAAGCAAAAGGGGGAAGAAAGAUGAUUCUAAACAUGCCUCUGUGACUUGGACAGGGAGCACAUUGCUGACAUUGGACUGACAAUCUGAUUACUUUGGACUCCUGCAUGGAAGCAAGCACUACCGGAAGCUCAGAGGCCCAUCCCCGCCCUCCUCAUGUCAUUUCCCAGGUGUGCUCCUAAAGUCAGAAAUGAGCACCAAGGCCUCCCCAACCUUGCAGCUUCGGCCCACACUAGAGGGCACGGGCCCCGCCUGUGCUGUUAUGUUCUGUAAAUCUUGGGCUUAAUGUGGCCAAUUUGGGGCCUAUGUAAAAAUCUUCAGGUGACACAUUGAAAGAUGGGAAAAAUGCAAAGGCCUCGAGCGUCCUGGAAGUAGAUUUGGCCCCAGGGACUCAUCUGGUGAGCAUUUCUAGUGGAUACUCUGCCCUGGA